AUGAGUUGGGCCUUAGAGGAGUGGAAAGAAGGUCUGUCUACCAGAGCCCUUCAGAAAAUUCAAGAGCUUGAAGGACAACUAGACAAACUAAAGAAAGAAAGACAACAAAGACAGUUUCAGCUGGAAUCCUUGGAGGCUGCCCUGCAAAAGCAGAAGCAAAAGGUUGAUGAUCAAAAAAAUGAAGGGGCCACCCUCAAAAGGGAGAAUCAGAGCUUGAUGGAAACAUGUGAUAAUUUGGAGAAAAUGAAGCAGAAGAUUUCUCAUGAGCUUCAAGUCAAAGAGUCACAAGUAAAUUUCCAGGAAGGACAGCUAAAUGCAAGCAAAAAACAAAUAGAAAAACUUGAACAGGAACUUAAAAGAUGUAAAUCUGAACGUGAGAGAAGCCAACUGGCAGUGUUGCCAGGAGAUGUCUCGACACUAAACAGUACGCCACAGAAGAGUUCUGCUGCUUCUGCACAGUCAAGUCAUCAAAGUGCUUCCAAGUAUGAAGAACUACAAGAAAAAUAUAGUAAAGAGGUUGAAGAACGAAAAAGGUUAGAGGAAGAGAUAAAAGCUUUACAAAUUAAAAAAGCAAGUAAGACAGUUCUCCCAAACACUAUGAGUCACAGGGAAAUUGCUCGGCAUCAGGCUUCUUCAUCAGUGUUCUCAUGGCAACAAGAAAAGACACCUACUCGUCAUUCAGCCAAUGCUCAAGAAACUCCCCUUAGGAGAGGUCUUACUGCCUUGCACAUUUCUUGGGAACGAGAAACAACACCUAAUAGGAUGUCAGGUUGGCAAACGGAGAGCAAAGAUACUAAUUGCAGUUUCCAUGAGAACCAUACUAAUCCUUGCCUGCUGGAUCAGAUAAAAGCCCAGAAUCAAGAGUUAAGGUACAAAAUUAAUGAAUUGGAACAUCAACUGCAAGGACAAGAAAAAGACAUAAAAGGACACAUGAAUAAAUGGCAAGAAACACAGCUCCAACUAGAGAAGACAAAACUGGAGCUAACUGAAAAAGAGAAAGUUUUGAACAAAACUAGAGAUGAACUGAUGAGAUUGACAGCACAAUUUGAUCAGGCAGCAACUAAGUGUACGACACUGGAGCAAAAGUUGAAAAAAAUGUCUGAAGAUUUGAAUUGCCAAAGACAAAAUGCAGAAAGUACCCGAUGCGCUUUGGAACAGAAAAUGAAGGACAAAGAGAAGGAGUAUCAGGAGGAACUUUCUCAUCAACAACGUACCCUCCAGAUGCUGGACCAGCAAAGCACUCAGAUAAAUGCCAAACUAAACCAAGAGUUACAGCAAGCCAAAAGCACUCAAAACAUAUUGCAGGCUGAACUGGAUAAAGUGGUAGCAAUGAAACAGCAGCUGGAGAGAAAUUCAGAUGAGUUUAAGCAGAAGCUCUGCAGAUCUGAACAAGCAUUGCAGACAAGUCAGACAAAGGAAAAUGAGCUGAGGAGAAGCAUGGAGGAAAUGAUGCAGGAAAAACAACUUUUCAGCCAUCAGUUAGAUGAAAGAACAAGAGAAGUCUACCAACUGGAGGAAGAACUCAAGAAAACCAAAAAUUGUCUAAAGCAGAAUCAGAAUCUUGCAGAAGAAAUGAAAGGUAAGAAUGCCACUCAAGAGGAAGCUAUAAAAGCUCUUCAAGAAAAAAUAAAUCAACAGGAAAAAUCUUUGACUUUGGAGAAACUGAAGCUUGCAGUGGCUGAUCUAGAGAAGCAACGGGAUUGUUCUCAAGAUCUGCUGAAAAAAAGGGAACAUCAUAUUGAACAGCUAAAUGAUAAAUUAAGCAGAACAGAGAGAGAGUCAGAGGGGUUACUGAGUACCUUGGGAUUAAAGGAGAAGGAAUGUGAAGAACUAAAAAAAGAGACAACUCUAUUUUCUCAGUGGAAAAGUGAGAAAGAACAACUUCUGAAUCAGCUUUUAUUGGAAAAGGAAGGCUUACAAAGCAAAAUUAAUCAUUUGGAAAUAUGUCUGAAGACCCAGCAGAUGAAAAAUCAUGAUGCCAAUGAAAGCUUCAAAAUAAUGGAAACUGAAAAAGAAAAUUUAGGCUUGGAGAUCAGAAACCUUCAGAAUGCAAUAGAAGGAAAAAAUGUAGAAUUAGAAGCACAGAAAAGAGCUUAUGGUGAACUCCAGCUAAAAGCUGAAUGCUCAGAUCAAAAAUAUAAAAAUGAAAUAGAAAAUCUCUCUUGGAAAAUAGUUCAGGUAACUGAGGAAGUUGAACAUCUGAAACAAAAACUACAGUUAAUGUCCAGUGAAAUGCUGGGGAAAGAUCAGCGUUAUGAAGAAUUGUGUAUACAAUAUGAAAGAAUCAAUAGUCUAGUUAAAUCCCCAAACAUUUCUCAAAAGACAGGUGAUGAUCACUGUGGGGAUCUUUUGAUUUUAGACCAGCCAGUAUUGAACGAUUCUUGUACAAAUAUACUUGAAAUUCAAGGAAGCCUACCUUUAGAAGGGGGAGAUCAAAAAAUUAAAUUACAUUUAGAAGACCAAAGUGUAAAAAGUGCAGCUGUGCUACAACAUGAAUAUUCUUCGUUUGAGCUUUCAAUAGAGUCUCAAAAGCAGAUGAAAUCAGACUUACAAAAACACUGCGAAGAGUUGGUGCAAAUCAAAGGUGAAACAGAUGAAAAUCUAAUUAAAGAAGAACACAUGCAUGAAAGUUUUGUGGAUAAGCAGUUUCAAAUGUUGAGUGAACAAUGGGAAUCUGGACAAACAGAGAUAGAAGAUUUAAAAAUCAAUAACCAAUUACUUGAAGAGUCAGUAAAGGAGCUACAGUUGAUAUCUGAAACCCCGAGUUCUGAGAAAGAGGAAAUUAAUUCAGCUCUCUUUCGAGACAAGAAAGAAAUUGAAGAACUGAUUCAAGAAAAUAAGAAUCUCAAGGAAAUUAAUGCAAUUUUAAAUACAGAAAAAAUGAACUUAAUACAAAAAAAUUUCAAUUUUUCUAACUGCUUAAUUGAAAGGGAGAAAAAUAUUUCAGAGCUGUCUGAUAGAAACAAAGAGGAAGAGCUUCAUUUGGUAAAGAGAUGUGAAGAAGCUGAAAAGGGACUUGAACUUCUUAAAGAAAAAUACAAGUUAAUGGAGGUAAAGAACACUGAAUUGGAAUGUAUCUUAAGUGAACACACUGCUAGUCUUUGUGGAAACAGAAAUAAUGAAUUAAAAGACCUGGAAGGAGCUUUUGCAAGAGAACGUGAAGAUUAUGUAGGCAAGCUAGCACUAGCUGAGGAAAAAAAUGAGAAAUUAAUUCUGGAGAGGGAGGCAAUACAGUGUGGCCUGAGAGCUGAAAUUGCAGCUAUUCAAAAUAGUUCGAAGAUUGAAGCUGAUGGCUUAAGACAAGAAAUUUCAAAUUUCAGGUGUGAAAACAGCAAAAUACAGGAACAGUGUCAUAUCUUGCUGCAAGAGAAUGAUCGAUUGAUGAAAUUAGUUAAGGCGAAAGAUGUGCAAAGGAAUGAAUUGGUUCUUCCUGGCAGCCCAGCUUCUGAACAAAUUGGUGAGUCUUUAAAUAAAAAUGGGAGUGAAUUAGAUAAUUUUAAAAUGAUUCAAGUUGAAAUGUUUCAUUCGAAUCUUGAAGCUAAAGACAGUUCUUUAAAUACUUGUAAUGCACAAGUGGUACAACUUGAGGAAAUUGGGGAACAUAUGGAACUAAGACUUAAGGAAAGUGAAAAGGAGAAGGAGGUCUUACAGCAAGAAUUAGAAAUGAUUAGAAAGGAGUUAGAAACUAGGGAUUCAAAGGUAAUAGAAACUAAGCAACAUGAUCAGUCAUUUGAAGCCAACAGCUAUGAGGACUGUAAAAGAGAAAUGGAUGAAAAGUAUAUUUCAGUUCUACAUGAAUUGUCAACAAGCCAAAAUGAUAAUGCACAACUGAUGAUUUCAUUGCAAACAGCAGUAAAUAAGCUAAAUGAGAUGGAGAAGAUGUGUGAGAUUCUACAAAUUGAAAAGUUAGAACUAACAUCUGAGCUGAAUGAUUCAAAAUCAGAAUGUGUCUUAGCAACUACCAAAAUGGCAGAAGAAGUAGAUAAACUAGUAAAUGAAGUUAAAACACUAAAUAAUGAAAAUAAUGGCCUUCCUGGUGAUCUUACUGAAGAGAAUGGUAAAGAUGAAUUUGGGGAACAAUAUAAUGAGUCAAAGUCGAUUUGCUUAAAACUUCUAGAGGGCAGUAUUGAAGAUGGUGGUGACUAUGAACAUUUGAAACUGUCAAACAAAGAAGUUCAAAUGCAUUUUGUUGAGUUACAGGAAAAAUUUUCAUCUUUACAAGUUGAGCACAGAAUUUUACAUGAGCAGCACUGCUCCAUGAGCUCCAAGUUGUCAGAACUACGUUCUUACACUGACACACUAAAGGCUGAAAAUUCUGUAUUAUCAAUGAAUCUUAAAAACCUACAAACUGAUUUGAUGAAGCAGCGCACUCCUGGUAAAGAUGAUUUUGCACUAGAAGAGGGUGAAUCUUUAUCAUCCUCUUGUAUGAAUGAAAUCCCCAAUCUUACAAGUUUUGUAGAAUCUUCUUUUUAUAAGGACUUAUUUGAAGAAACAAGAGAAAUAUCUUCUUUGAGCAGUUUAGAAGAGAAUAUUUUAGACAAUCAGUCCAGUACUAAUAUAGAGGAAGCCCCUUGUAGCAGUCCUGUGGUAGACUGUAUGACUAAGAAAAUUGCUAGAUCUGAUUCCAGUUUGAAUAUUGAAGAACUCGAGACACUUUGCCAAACUUAUCAGAUAUCACUGAAGAAUCUUGAAGACAAAUAUCAAAGUCAAGAGAUUAUAAAAGAUAAAGAGAUUCAAGAGCUUAAACAACUCAUAGGUUCUGAAAGGAAAGAGCUAGAAUCUCUCAGAGAGCAGUAUUUAUCAGAAAAUGAACAGUGGCAACAAAAAUUGGCAAAUAUGACUGUGGAAAUGGAGUUAAAGUUGGCAGCAGAAAAGAAACAGACUGAGUACUUGUCACUUCAACUUGAAAUAGCAAGACUUCAACUUCAAGGUCUUGAUUUAAGUUCCCGUUCAUUCCUUAUUGCCGAAGGUGAAGAUGCAAUUAAGAAUAACCAAGAAAACAGUAUCUCAGAUAACUCAGAAGAACAUGUUUCAUUCAUUGAUGAAAAAAUAGUUAAGAGUGAUAGAUUACACAUUUGUGAGCAAAAUGUUCAACAAACUUUGAAUUUGGAGUGUGAGAAAAUAGCUGAAAUUGAUGGUGUCACCUCUGCAGUAGUAUAUUCUAGGGAACUGAACUUAGAAAAUGAACAUAGAAAUUCAUCAGAUAAAACCCCAAACAAUUCAGAAAGCAUUCGUGAAUUAUCUUUUUCUAGUAAUGAUACUUCCGCAGCUAUAGAUUUCCUGGAGAAUCAGGUGCUCAUUCAAAAUCUACAAAUGCAGGUGAAAGAGACUCCAAAUGAAAACUUGAAGUUACUCCGCUGCAUAGAGGAGAGUAAUAAAAUCUUUGAUAGAUUACUCAGUGAAAUCAAAGAAUUAGAUUCCAAGCUGUGUUUACAAAAGGCUGAACUAACUGCUAAGAUAUGUAUGUGUUCAGAAUUAGAAAAAGUCAUUCAGGAACUUCAGAAAGAAAAAUCAGAUCUGAAAGAGAAAGUACAAUCCCUCUCUUAUGAUAAUGAGCAGUUACUUCAGGAAGUAACAUCUUUGGAAAACUUAAAUUCUGGUUCAAGACCAUGCAAAGCUACAUUCACAGACACUACAGAUAUCGAAGAUGAUAUAGCAAUGGCAAAUAAGGACUGGAAAGAACAGUUUCUUGAAACUGAAAAUGAAUUGAAGAGGGUAAAAUCUGAAAAGAUUAAUAUCGAGAAUCAUGCCUUCUCCAUUGAAGCUGACUUGGAAGGUCUUCAAACAAAGAAUCUCUGUUUAGAAAAAGAUAAUGACAAUAAACAGAAAAUGGUGUCCAAUCUUGAAGAACAACUUUCCUUGGUUAUAUCUGAGAAGAACCACCUUAGUGGAGAACUAGACAUUCUGUUAAGGGAAAAAAUGCGAAUAGAAGAAAUAUGUGAAAAAUUGAAGGAAAAAAUUGAAGUAUAUGAAUCGAAUCAAAGGGAAUCCCUGCAACAUAUAGAAAUAAUGGAGUCUGAGGUAAGAGACAAAACACAACUCCUUCAGACUAUGUCAUCCGAUGUAAACAAACUUUUAAAAGACAAAGAUCAUCUGCAAGAGCAGCUUCAAAGUUUGGAGAAGGAUACACAGAUGCUUAGUUUGGUAAAAGACGGCUUGAAAAAUGAAAUUGGUCAGUUGACCAAUGAGAAAGAGCUUCUUACAAAAGAAUCAGAAAACCUGAAAGCCAAGCUGAAUGAAUCAGAAGCAGAAAAUGUAAAACUUUCUAAGGUUUUAGAGAGUUCUUUAAUUGAAAAAGGUGAGAUUGCAGCAAGAUUGAAUUCAACACAAGAAGAAGUACAUCAGCUGAGAAGUGGCAUAGAAAAACUAAAAAUCCGCAUAGAGGCUGAUGAAAAGAAAAAGCACUAUAUUAGGGAAAAGCUGAAGGAAAGUGAACGUAACACUGACUUGUUUAAGGACAAAAUUGAAGCACUUGAAAGAGAAUUGCAGAUGUCAGAAGAAAAUCAAGAAGCAGUGAUUCUUGAUGCGGAGAAUGCAAAGUCUGAAUUAGAAACACUGAAAACACAAAUGGAAGAGUUAACCAAAGGCAUAAAAUGUUCAGAAUUGGAAUUAUUUGCCUUAAGGACAGAAAAAGAAAACAUAUUGAAAGAGUUACAAGAAAAGCAAGGUCAGGCAUCACAACUGGAACAGUUGGCUCAAAGCUUAAAAUUUGUUGAGACUGAAGUUUUUUCUCUAAGGUCAGAAAAAGAAAACAUAAUGGAAGACAUGAAAGGAAAUAAAGGCCAAGUUUUUGCAUUAGAAAAGUUCACUCAAACCUUAAAUUGUUUAAAAUCAGAGCUUGUUGCUUUAAGGUCAGAAAAAGAAAUUAUUUUGAAAAAACUACAAGAAAAGGAAAAUAGAGUAACUGAAUUAGAAGAGUUGACCCAAUCUCUAAAGUGUUUGGAAACUGAAGUUACUUCUGUAAGGUCGGAAAAUGAAAAUAUAUCAGAGGAAUUGCAAAAAAAGCCGAGUCAAGUGUCUGAAUUAGAAGCAUUGACUGAAACCUUAAGAUGUGUAGAAACUGAAGGUGUUUCUUUACAGUCAGAAAAAGACAAUGUGUUGAAAGAACUGCAAGAAAAUCAAGAUCAAGUAUAUGAAUUAAAAGGAGAAGUUGUUGCCUUAAGGUCAGAAAAAGAAAAUAUAUUGAAAGAGUUAAAGGUAAAGCAAGAUCAAGUUUGCCAGUUAGAAGAGUCGAUUAAAACCCUAAAAUGCUUGGAAGCAGAAGUUGUUUUCUUAAGGUCAGAAAAAGAAAAUACGCUAAGAGAAUUAAAAGAAAAUCAUUAUCAGAUUUUUGAAUUAGGAGAAUUAGUCCAAAUACUAAAAUGCUUAGAUUCAGAACUUAUCACUGUAAGGUUAGAAAAAGAAAAUGUUCUGAAAAACCUGCAAGAAAGACAAGAUCGAGUGUCUGAAUUAGAAGAGCUUAUCAUUAGCUUGAAAUGUUUGGAAACUGAAGUUGUUUCCUUAAGAUUAGUAAAAGAAAAUAUGUCAAAGGAGUUAGAAGAAAAGCAGAGUAAAGUGUCUGAAUUAGAACAGUUGACCAAAAGUCUAAAGAGUUUGGAAACUGAAUUUGCUUCUCUAACAUCAGAAAAGGAAAAUCUUUUGAAGCAGCUGUGUGAAUCAGAAGAGUUGACCAAAAACCUAAAAUGUUUGGAAAAUGAAGUUGUUUCUUUAUCAUCAGAAAAAGAACACAUUUUGAAAGAACUACAAGAAAAACAGGGUCAGGUGUCUGAUUUGGAAGAGGUGACCAAAAGCCUAAGAUCUUUGGAACCUGAAGUUGCUUCUUUAAGGUCAGAAAAGGAAAGUAUGUUGAAGGAGCUGCAAGAAAAAAAGGUUCUCAUUUGUGAAUUAGAAGAGAUGACCACAAACCUAAAAUGUUUGGAACCUGAAAUUGCUGCUUUAAGGUUCCAAAAAGAAAACAUGUUAAAGGAGUUGCAAGAAAAGCAGGAUCGAAUUUGUGAAUUAGAAGAGAUGAACAUAAGCCUAAAAUGUUUGGAAACUGAAGUUGUUUCCUUAAGAUUAGCAAAAGAAAAUAUGUCAAAGGAGUUAGAAGAGAAGCAGAGUCAAGUGUCUGAAUUAGAACAGUUGACCAAAAGUCUAAAGAGUUUGGAAACUGAAUUUGCUUCUCUGACAUCAGAAAAGGAAAAUCUUUUGAAGCAGCUGUGUGAAUCAGAAGAGUUGACCAAAAACCUAAAAUGUUUGGAAAAUGAAGUUGUUUCUUUAUCAUCAGAAAAAGAACACAUUUUGAAAGAACUACAAGAAAAACAGGGUCAGGUGUCUGAUUUGGAAGAGGUGACCAAAAGCCUAAGAUCUUUGGAACCUGAAGUUGAUUCUUUAAGGUCAGAAAAGGAAAGUAUGUUGAAGGACCUGCAAGAAAAACAAGGUCACAUUUGUGAAUUAGAAGAGAUGACCACAAACCUAAAAUACUUGGAACCUGAAAUUGCUGCUCUAAGGCUCCAAAAAGAAAACAUGUUAAAGGAGUUGCAAGAGAAGCAGGAUCGAAUUUGUGAAUUAGAAGAGAUGAACAUAAGCCUAAAAUGUUUGGAAACUGAAGUUGUUUCCUUAAGAUUAGCAAAAGAAAAUAUGUCAAAGGAGUUAGAAGAGAAGCAGAGUCAAGUGUCUGAAUUAGAACAGUUGACCAAAAGUCUAAAGAGUUUGGAAACUGAAUUUGCUUCUCUGACAUCAGAAAAGGAAAAUCUUUUGAAGCAGCUGUGUGAAUCAGAAGAGUUGACCAAAAACCUAAAAUGUUUGGAAAAUGAAGUUGUUUCUUUAUCAUCAGAAAAAGAACACAUUUUGAAAGAACUACAAGAAAAGCAGGGUCAGGUGUCUGAUUUGGAAGAGUUGACCAAAAGCCUAAGGUCUUUGGAACCUGAAGUUGCUUCUUUAAGGUCAGAAAAGGAAAGUAUGUUGAAGGAGCUGCAAGAAAAAAAGGUUUUCAUUUGUGAAUUAGAAGAGAUGACCACAAACCUAAAAUACUUGGAACCUGAAAUUGCUGCUUUAAGGUCAGAGAAAGAAGACCUGUCAAAGGAGCUGCGAGAAAAACAAGGUCGAGUUUGUGAAUUAGAAGAGGUGACCAUAAACCUAAGGUCAGAAAAAGAGAACAUGUUAAAGGAGUUGCAAGAAAAGCAGGGUAAAAUGUCUGAAUUAGAAGAGUUGAGCAGAAAGCUGAAGUCCUUGGAAACCAAAUUUACUUCCUUAACAUCAGAAAAAGAAAAUCUGUUGAAGCAGCUGUGUGAAUUAGAAGAGUCGACUAAAAACUUAAAAUGUUUGGAAACUGAAGUUGUUUCUUUAUCAUCAGAAAAAGAAAACCUUUUGAAAGAACUACAAGAAAAGCAGAGUCAAGUGGCAGAACUGGAAAUGUUAAAUGUUUCACUUGAAAGCCUACUGAAAGAAAAAGAAGAAGAAAAGAGAAAAUCUAAGGAAGAAUGCAACCAUACAAUAGAGUUGCUUCAAAAACAGUUGAAUGACCUAAAUGAGAAAAUACAAUCCUUACAUGAAGAGCACAGUAUAUGUAAGGUCAGUGAACGGGAUCUAAAUUGUCAAGUGGAUUGUCUAAAGAAUGAGAAAAUUCAUUUGCUGCAGCAGCUUGAAGAGAACAAAAGUAAUAAUGCUGUGCUGAAAUCUUCUUUGAAUGACCUUAUGCAAGAAACAGAAAGCAACAAACAAAAAUUAGAGAAGGCAAUGGAAGAAAACAGAAUACUUCAAAAACAAGCUGAAGACCUCGGAAAGCUCUCCUCUAUGUUGACCCAGAGGGAGGCAGAGCAGCAACUCCUGGAGAAAGAAAAAUCACAGCUAGAAAAUCUUACAUUAGAAUUACAACAAAAGAUCCAAGAACUGUCCAAGAAUGAAACUUUGUAUGACAGUUUAGAAGCUCUGCAAAGUUCUUAUGCAAACCUGGAGAAAGAACUUGAGCUGACAAAGAGGGAAAACUCAUCUCUUCUUGAAAAGAUAAAUAAAGUGACAGAUAAUGAAGCUCAGCUAAAGAAGGAUAUGAAUGAGAUGAUGCAAAAGAUGACAGUGUUGCAAGAAGAAUAUACUGGAGAGAAGAACAGGCUUACUGAUUAUGUAAAAAUUAGAGAAGCAGAAGCAGAGAAGCAUAAAAUAAAACUGGAUGAGCUAAUUCUGGAAAAGUGUGAACUGAAGAAGAGUUUGGAUUGUGUACAAAAAGAACUGAAGGAAAGAGAAGAGAAAGCAAGAAAUGAAAUAUCAGAUUACCAGUGUAGGCUUCAGGAUGCCAAUAAGAAAUAUGAAAGUUUACUCAAGGAAGCAAACAAAAAGCAUGAAAUGGAAAUUGAAGCAUAUCAAGAGAAACUAAUUUGUAAAGAACAGGAUCUCAGCUCACAUAAGUCAGAGAUGGAGAUUUUAAAGUCCAAUAAAGAAGAAUUAACUAAUUCGCUGAAAUCUACUAGUAAGAUAUUAGAAGAAUUGAAGAAAACCAAGGCGGAUAAUAUGAAAUACGUAACUCAGUUGAAGAAAGAGAAUGAAAAUGCUAGAGGAAAAAUACAGUUGUUGAUCAAAACCUGUAAACAGCUGGAGAAUGAAAAAGAAGCAUUACAGAAAGAAAUUACUGGCCUUGAAGCUCUACAAGAGAAUCAGAAACAAAAUAAUGCCCCGGAUGUUAAUGUAGAAGAACUGAUAGCUGAGGUGAAAGAACUGAAAGAAACUAUUGAAGAAAAAAAUAAAGAGACAGAUGAAUAUUUGGAUAAGUACUGCAACCUUCUUGUGAGUUAUGAAAAACUAGAAAAAAGUAAAGAGAUGUUAGAAGCACAGGUUACUUUCUUGAAUUCUCUGCAAGGAAAACUUACCUCUCAGACUUCUCCUUUGCCAAACUCAGUUGAUUCAAUAUCAAGUCAUCCUGUUAAUGAAAAGAAGACAUUAGCCAGUCAAAGUAAAGUUUCAAGCAAGAGACGAAGGUCUUGUGGUGCCAAAGAAAGUGAUGGAGAAUCAAUGCCUUCUACACCAGAGACUUUUACUAAAAGGAUCAAAAAAGGAGUGACACCAAAAGGUGUUGCAUGCUUGGAGAACAUUGAAUAUGAGCCAGAAGGACUACCAGAGGUGGUAAAGAAAGGAUUUGCUGAUAUCCCCACUGGAAAAACAAGCCCUUAUGUCCUUCGGAGAACGACCCUGGCCACAAGGGCCAGCCCCCGUCUUGCUGCACAAAAGUUAUCACCACCUGCUCUGAAUCUGCAGAAGGGACAGUCAGAAAAUCUUGCUAAGACCUCCUCCAAACCAACAGCUGGGGGCAGCAAAUCACAAAAGGCAAAAGAUGUCCAUCAGCACCACGUGGAAUCACUCGUGACAGUCACGGAACCUACCACAAGAUCUCCUCUUUCUGCAAAUAAUCCUUCAAAAAGAGCUUCUACUGACCUCCCUAAAGACAGUAUGAGAACGAAGCAUUCCCCAAGCAAACACACUGUACCAGAACAAAACCAAGAAGAAAAUUGUAGAGUUCAAUAAGUUCUAAAAGGUUUCAGUGUAUCAGUGCUAUACAAGCUAACAAACAUUUUUUAAAAACCCUCCCAUAGAAGUUUCUCUUUAGUCAUUCUUGCAAUUGUUGAGCUCUGUGUGUGUGUGUUUAGAUGGGAAAUGUUAGAACAAGAAUGGCUGUCUUGCCUUUGUAUGUCAUUCUCGUUCUGCCAUGUACAGUAAUGUAAAUAGUCCUGUAUAAAGUUACGUGGGAAAAGUUGUAAAAUAUUUCAAUUAUAUGUUAUAUUCAUUAAAAUGACUAAUAAUACCAAAAAUGUAUAUUGUAGUUUUAGCCUAUAUCAGGAGACAUAUGAGAGAUUUCGAGGAGGGAAUUGUAGUGAGCCAUAUGUCCUCUUGAACAAAUAAAAAGAAAACCAUGUAUUUUAGCAGUAAGUAAAAGAUAUGUAUAGUUUGUUUAUAGUAAAAUUAUGAUUUUGA